CCGCUCUUGUUGUUGUUGCUGUUGUUGUGCAGGUCGCCAGCAUGGAGCAUGGCUAUGACGCCCAGGUCGCCAGUGUGGAGCACGACUAUGGAAACCAGGUCGCCAACGUGGAGCAGGGCUAUGUUGUUGUUGUUGUGGUUGUUGUUGUUGUUGUUGUUCUUGUUGCUGUUGUUGUGCAGGUCGCCAAUGUGGCGCACGGCUAUGGCGCCCAGGUCGCCAGCGUGGAGCACGGCUAUGGCGCCCAGGUCGCCAGCGUGGAGCACAGCUAUGGAAACCAGGUCGCCAGCGUGGAGCACGGCUAUGGCCCCCAGGUCGCCAGCGUGGAGCACGGCUAUGGCGUCCAGGUCGCAAGCAUGGAGCAUGGCUAUGGCGCCCAGGUCGCGAGCGUGGAGCACGGCUAUGGCAACCAGGUAAGUACCGCUGACGCAGGUAUGGCCUACGCCCCUCUUGUUGUUGUUGUUGUUGUUGUUGUUGGUGUUGGUGUUGGUGUUAUGCCGGAAAAGCUGGGACCAUGGCAGCGGGUUGUGGUCCCGUGGCCGAAGUGACCGGAAUCUAGGCGGGUGUGCCCGUAGAGUGAGGGAGGGCCUGAGUCGUGGCGACCGUCGCGCUA